AUUUACCUAAAAAAUAAUAUAAUAUAAAAAUGAAAAAUGAAGAAUAACAGUAAUUAAUACUAUAACCUAGAUGUGUGUAGUCAACAGAAACUUUGCAGGCACAGAAACAAAGAUGGCUUCGCAAUCAAACGAUCCCAGGCUACCAUCGGCGGCGCGUCCCUUCAAGCAGCCGGUCGUCGCCCCUCAAGAUCUCCCCGUCGAUUACUCCGGCUUCAUCGCCGUCAUCUUCGGCGUCUUCGGCGCUAUGUUCAGGUACAAGGCUUGCUCUUGGCUCGCAAUCAUAUUUUCGGCGCAAUCGCUUGCAAAUAUGAGGAAUAUGGAGAAUGAUCUGAAGCAGAUCUCCAUGGCAAUGAUGUUUGGUAUCAUGGGUUUGGUGACAAAUUACUUGGGGCUCGGGCCUCGUCCAACCCCGAAGAAGUAGAGUAUCGUAGAUUUUGAUUGUUGAAUUACGGGAAAGCUCAACUCUCUUUUUUUACUCAUUCCGCCACCUUGUUUGAUCUUUGUGAAACUACUGCUAUUUCUUUUAAUUUACAAUUUCACUUUUUAGUGUAUCAUUUGAAAUAGUUAGUUGGAAACGGUUUCAUAUGUGACAGUGACAUAUUGGCUCUUCUUAAUUACACAAUUAUUUGUCUCAAUUGCAUGACUUGCAAUUUCACU